GUCAAGACUGAGGUCAGGGGCAGGGAAACAGAUAGUAGAGGAAAAUGAUAAAAUCUGCCACAGAGGCCUAUUUUAUGCUAAUCACUAGGAUAAGCAAAUGACCAGCACAUUUUUUCUUAUAAGAAGCUCACAUUCUAGUGAACGCAGUGAUUUAAGUAAAAAAAUUGCAGUAUGGUUUGAUUGAAGUCAUGUGUAGGUUGGACAGAAGAGCGAGUGAGCAGCCCUGCCUAAGGGGUUGGGGGACGAGUCAGGAGAGCAUCUUAGGAGAACCCCAGCUAGCCUUAGAGGGUACUAGGCAGCAGUAAGGAGUCCUGUCCAGAGGCACCUCUGAAGAUAGGCCUGUCAGUCUGUUUCCGAAAGGUCAGGACUUUGAAAUCCCUAUGGAGAAGUUCUACUUCACACACAUGAGGUCACCGUGAGUGGGAAUCGACUCAAGGGCAGCUAACUACAGCAACAAGGCAGCAGUAGGACUGUAGGCAUGUGGGCUAAGGUCCUGGCCAGGGAGUCUGAGGAGCUUCUGAAGGUGCCAUAGCUCUACCACCACCUGCCUCCUCUAGACCCCAUGAGUGGGGGACUUUGACUGACAGGGUCAUGUGACAUACACAGAAUGGAAGGUGGGGUGUUAUCUUUGUAGAAGUCAUUGUGAGACCUGGAGGGACUCGGUUCAUACACCUUAUUUACGUGGUCGCAUCCCCACAAAGGUGACAUGUGCUUUAUUUACGUUAGAAAAAGCCGUCCAAUCCCCUUGGGGGGCCAUAAGCACAUUAUUUGCAUAGUCCCACCUGAUCAUUGUUUGGGAGUCACAAAGACUAUGGCUAGAAGGGCCAUAUGAACUAUUUCACUGAACUGCAGAAGCUGACUGUCACAUACCCUGAUGGCAUGGAGGGAGACAAUAGAGGCUCUUUCUCCGCAGGCCUUAGGCUGUAUUCCAUCUUCUCUCUGACUCGGGUAGCAGAAACUGAUCUGGAACAUGAAGCUUGAAUCUGAAGUGCGGGGUCCUGGAUGCAUGGAGACAAGAGGGCUUUCAUAAUGAGGUUUGAACAAGUCCCCCAGGCAGCAGGAAUCCAUCUUGAGGUGAAGUAACUUCUGACUGGCCCUGUGGCAGAAUUUCAAGGCAGUCACCGGACUGACUCUGGGGCCAUCACGUUGCCUGAUCUUUCAGCCUGGGGAGAGCAGGACUGGGAGAAGAUUUUGGCUUCAAAGAACAGGGAAGACGUGGAGACCAUGAAGAAAUUGACUCCAAAACAUGAGGCUAAAGGUGUGUCUUCUAAGGAUACUGACUGGUCCCAAGAGAAGAAGAGGAAGCCCACAAUACUGGAACCAGUUACAUUCGAGGAUGUCACUGUGGUCUUCACAGAGGCAGAAUGGAAGAGACUGAGCUCUGAGCAGAAGCACCUAUACAAAGAAGUGAUGCUGGAGAUUUAUAGGAAUCUGCUCUCAUUGGCAGAACCGAAGCCAGAACUCCAACCCUGCUCCUCCUGCCUUCUGGCUGUCUCCUGUCAGCGAUUCCUCAGCCAGCACGUGCUUCCCAUCUUCCCAGGCUUCUGUGCGGAACAUCACUUCCAUCCAGGGUGUUCCAGCCCAGGGCAUCAGAAGCAGCCAGAGCAGCAGGAUUCUGAGCAAAGCUGCUGGAGGGAAAACACAGAAGGUCAAGAGAGAGAAGAAGUCUCCAGACUCUUAUGUGGGAGGAGAGGGGAGAGAGGGACUUCCAGGGCGUUCUCCAGCCCACCCCAAAGACGGUCAGCAAGCCCUAGAGAAGGCAACACAGAGGUAGGGGUGGAGCCCAACUCAGCCCAAAAGAUAAAAUCUGUGGUAAGAGGCCAAGGGUUGAAGGAAUUAGAAACGUCAAGAUUUGGAGCGCUCAGCUCUAGAGAGGAUGAACCAGACUGUGGCCUGAAGUCAGACUUCAUCACACGCCAGAGGUCCCUUUUACAGGAGAAGCCCUAUGUUUGCAGUGAGUGUGGGCGAGGCUUUACCCGGAAAUCAGUCCUCCUCAUGCACCAGAGGACACACGCAGGGGAGAAGCCACAUAUGUGCAAGGAGUGUGGGCAAGGCUUUAGAUGGAAGUCAGGUCUCCUCAUACACUACAGGACACACUCAGGGGAGAAGCCUCAUGUGUGCAAGGAGUGCGGGCUAAGCUUUAAUCAGGAAUCAAGCCUUCUGUUACAUGAGAGGACACACUCAGGGGAAAAGCCACAUGUGUGUGAGCAGUGUGGGCGAGGCUUUAACCACCAGUCAGCUCUCAUCAGACACCAGAGGACACACUCAGGUGAGAAACAUUACUUGUGCUUGGAGUGUGGGCGAGGCUUUAGCCGGAAGUCAGGCCUCUUUCUCCACCAGAGGACACAUUCAGGGGAGAAACCACAUAUGUGCAAGGAGUGUAAGAGAAGCUUUAGACGGAAGUCAGACCUCCUUAUACACCAGAGGACACACUCAGGGAAGAAGCCACAUGUGUGCAAGGACUGUGGGCAAGGCUUUAACUGGGAAUCAAGCCUCCCUUUACACCAGAGGAUACACACAGGGGAGAAGCCUCACGUGUGCAAGGAGUGUGGACGAGGCUUUACCCAGAAAUCAGUCCUCCUCAUGCACCAGAGGACACACUCAGGAGAGAAGCCACACGUGUGCAAGGAGUGUGGCCGAGGCUUUAGCCAUAAGUCAAAUCUCAUCACACACCAGAGGACACACUCAGGUGAGAAACCUUACGUGUGCCUGGAGUGUGGGCGAGGCUUUAGCCAGAAGUCAGGCCUUAUCGGACAUCAGUGGAAACACACAGAUAAGAAGCCUUAUGUUUGCAGUGAGUGUGGCAAAGGCUUUACCCAAAAAUCAAGCCUCCUUAUACACCAGAGGACACACUCAGGGGAGAAACCUUAUGUUUGCAAUGAGUGUGGGCGAGGCUUUACCCAGAAAUCAGUUCUUCUUAAUCACCAGAGGACACACUCAGGGGAGAAGCCACAUGUGUGCAAGGAGUGUGGGCGAGGCUUUAGCCACAAGUCAAAUCUCAUCACACACUUGAGGACGCACUCUGGUGAGAAACCUUACGUGUGCCUGGAGUGUGGGCGAGGCUUUAGCCAGAAGUCAAUCCUCCUUACCCACCAGGGGACACACUCAGGGGAGAAGCCAUAUCUGUGCAAGGAAUGUGGGCGAGGCUUUAACCGAGAGUCAAGCUUCCUUCUCCACCAGAGGACACACUCAGGGUAGAAGCCAUAUGUGUGCAGUGAGUGUGGCUGAGGCUUUAGCCAAAAGCCAGGCCUCGUCAGACAUCAGAAGACACACUUGGAUGAGAUGUCUUGUGUUUGCAGUUAGUAUGGCCAAUGCUUUAACUGUAAAUCACUGCUCGUACAUCAGAGGACACAGAAGCUCUGUGUGUGCAGGGAGAAGGGGCAAGAAUUUGGGAAAAAGGCACACACUUCAGUAUACAUUGGAGAACAGGUGUUUUUUUGGGAGAAGCAUGUGGGCAGGGAGAACGUGAGGUGCUUUAGCAGUAAGUUGUACCUCUUCUUUUACCAGAAGACACACUCAGGGAGAGCUGUGUGGGCAGGGUCUGUGGGCGGAACUGCAUUCUAGUGUGCCUCCUCAACUGACUUAAGAGGACAAAAUGUUGUCACCACAAAGUACUACUUGACCCACCUCUGAGGGAGUUUCAGGAGAAGUCUCCUGACCACCUAUACUCUGUAUGAGGUGACGGCGUGAGUAGUAAGUAAUUUUCCACAUCCUGCAACCAAAUGGAAUAGAAAAUUAGAAGUCUUUACUUAAAUAAUCUAAGAAUGGUUGACUUGUUUUAUUUUCAUACACCAAUUCUUUCUGAUGCUUUGUUGUCCUCUUGUUGUAAUAAAGAUUUUCUUUAAUAAACCGUAACUCAGGCUGUGUUACUCAUCUGU